AUGAAUAAUUUCUUAAAAUCAAAAUUCGAAUAUUUACCAGAUGAAAUUAUUCUUGAAAUAUGUCGAUAUAUUCAUUGUGGUCAUGUAUUUUAUUCAUUUUAUAAUCUUAAUUCACGUAUUAAUCAAGCAAUAACUGAUUAUUGUCAUCAUGUUAUACUUCGCCGAUUAAAUUAUAAACAAUUUCUUUAUAUUUAUUCAAAUAUUUUACCACAGAUUGGUACAUUUAUUAUUUCAUUAACAAUAAAUCGUUUACAACAAACAUAUUUUUUACAUAAUUUUAGUCUUCAUAUGAAUAAAAUAUUUCCUAAUUUAGAAAAAUUAGCAUUAGAUGAUUGGAAAAAUAAAGAAUUAUUUUCAUUUAUUGAAAAUGAUUUAAAUCAACUUAAAUAUCUUCGUACAAUUAUUAUUCGUGGUUUAAGACAAAUAAAUCAAAAUAAUUCAAUUACAUAUUCAAAUGAUGAUCAACAACAUUUAUUAGAUAUAAUUCAUAAAAAUACUCAAAUUGAAUUGAUUUAUUUUGAACCUGAUUGUUAUUCAAUGAAAUUAUCAAUUAAUCAAAAAAAUUUUAUAAAUCAUUCAAAUCUUAUAGAAAUGAGUAUAUCACUUUUAACAUCUAAUGAUUUAAUUUCUCUUGCUAUACUUAUUCCAAAUAUUCGUCGACUUCAUGUUAUUAUUGAAGAAUUUUUACCAACAAUUAAUCAAGAUAUAAUACCAUUUCAAUGUCUUACACAUUUUUCUCUUAAUGCUAUAGAUUUUUAUUCAACAUUUGAUAAUAUUUCAUCAAUACUUCAACUUACACCAACUAUUCAACAACUUUCAUUGACUCUUACUACUAAAGAUGAACGUCUUAUUUAUGGUCAACAUUUAUUUACAUUUUUAUCUUCUCAAUUAUUUACUAACAAUAAGCUUAUACAAUCAUUGAAAUAUGCCGUAUAUUUUUCUACAUCUGUCGAUAAUUAUUUUGAUUCAAAUAGUCUUUUAGAAUCAUGGAAUCCAAUUUCUAUUGCUUAUACAAUUAAUAAAGAUGAAAAGAAAUCCUAUAUACUUAUUCAUACAUUACCAUAUCCAUCUAUUCUUCUUAAUUUAUAUUCAAUAUUACCUAAUAAAUUUGGUAUUAGUCUAGGUGAUCAAGUUUAUAAUAAUAUUCAAUAUUUAUGUAUAUGUCAUGCAAAAACUUUAUUUGAAACAUUUACAAUUAUACAACAUUGUCGAAAAAUACAAGAUUUAAGUAUUCAAAUAGAUAAAACUAAAGCAAUUUUACCAGUUCCGACAAAUCAACAAACAAUUAUUAAUCUUCCAAAACUAAAGCAACUUGAAAUAAUAUCUAUAUUUGGAACGAUAGAUAAUUGGCAACAUUUUAAAAUAUUACUUAUCGCUGCUCCUAAUAUUAGUACAUUGUGUAUUGAUCUUGAUUGUGCUAUUAAAUUAUUUGAGACUACUGAUGAAGAUUUAAUAUUUUCACGUGUUCUUCAUUUAUUUAUUGAUGGAAACAACAGUAAUGUUAAACUUAAAAAUGAACAUAUACAUAGUUUAUCGAAAGUUUUUAGUGGUAUACAUUCAUUAAAAAUCAAAUAUAAAACAGAAAAUUUCAUUGAAACAGAUAUUAUAAGUACAAUAUUAGAUAAUUGUAAACAACUUAUUGUAUUUACAAUAAAUGGACAAAUAUCAGAUGAUAGAUCAAUAGAAUAUAUUCAAGAAUGGCUUAUUGAAUAUUCAUCUCGAUUAAAAAAUUCUGAUAACAAUUAUCAAGUAGAUUUUUGUGAUAAUUGGUUUCAAAUUUGGUUAUGA